UUACUAUUUGUGUUGUAGUGUCGUAGAUGUGACUGGUGCGCUGCAAAAGAAAUGAGUCCCUGCCUCAAACGGGGAUGAUUCUUGACAGGUAACCUUGAAACAUAAGGGCAUGCAGUGAUGUCAUAAAAGAAAAGUGACCUAUUGAAGGGUAAGGAAGGAGGCCUCAUCCUUCCCAAGUCCUUGAUCCCUCAUGGUCACAGAACAAACACCAUUUGUAAAAGUCACCCAGGUGUUAAGCAGACUGUGUGUGUGUGUGUGUGUGUGUGGGUGUGUGUGUGUGUGUGUACACCUUGUGACUUGUGUGUGGGAUUUUACUGUGACAUUAGGCAUCCAUGUUCUAAGCUCUUCAGGAAACAAACAUUCACAUAUAUUCAGCAUCUCCCUAGCAUCUUGGACUGUGAUACAGAAUUAGUUCAAAGCGUUAUGAAACUCAACCCACUGUUAAGAAAAGUUUGCUAUCUAAGUGGUCUAUAUGCCAGUAGAGCCCUAAGGCCUCAGUUGGGGCCUCAUUGCAGGGCACUGUACAAACAGCCAGCCAGCUAGCCAGCCAACAGCCACAGAUACACUGAGGGAAUGUGGAUACAACAACCAAUCCAACGACCCUGGGGAGGAAUUGGCCCUCCUGGGUUAGUUUCAUGGAUGGUGGAUGGCUGGUUUCAGUUGAGGGCAAAGGAAAGAAGGGGAAGAACAACAAGCCCCGCUUGUCACCUACCCAGCAAUGCCCUCCGCUGUGGUGCCUGGAGAACCAUCCAGAGGGGCAUCCUGAGACAGAGAAGGCAAUGCCAGUGGGUAUUUUAUCAGUAGUUUUCCUCAGGCAUGAAGGCAGCAUGGAAGUGUCAGAGAGAAACUGCCUUGUGGGCAGUGAAGAAUGGGAACACUGGCAGAGCGAACACGGGUUGACAUCACCAUAGGUGAAGGAGAAGCUGGCAGAGGGACUCAGGGCCUGACGUCAGAACGCUGAGAAUAAUAUCUUGGCGGAAGCAUGGUGAAGACACAAGGGGAGAAAGGAUGCAGGAGUCCAGGCCAGACAAGGAGAGGAUUCUGUAGCCAAGACAUUCAGGGAUCCGGGCUUGGACAACAAUUCUGGCUGUGUAUGCAGGGGGGAAGGCUGAUGCCAGAGGAGGCACAUGGAGCUUUCACCUCAGAGCUGCUGGAGCAAGUCAAAGAGCUGGAGCUGCAGGGAAUUUUGGCAGCUGAAUCCGGAGAUGUGAACACAGCCCUUGAGAGAUUCAGCCAGGCCAUUUGGCUCCUUCCGGAGCGAGCCUCGUGCUACAACAACCGUGCCCAGACCCUUCGUCUCAAAGGGGAUGUGGCAGGUGCCCUGCAGGACCUGAACACAGCCCUGCGCCUCAGCAGGGGCACAGGCCGUGUGGCAUGCCAGUGCUUUGUGCAGCGAGGUCUCAUCAAUGUGCUGCAGGGGCAUGAGGAUAAUGCCAGGCAGGAUUUUGAGCAGGGAGCCAGACUGGGUAGCGCCUUCGCUCGGCACCAGCUGGUCCUGAUGAACCCCUAUUCAGCGCUCUGCAACCAGAUGCUGUUGGAGAUGAUGAGGAAGCUGCAGAAUCCAGACAUCCAGGGAAGCAACUAGAGCCCAUCUGUCCAGGCAAGGGGUCAGCUGAGAUUGUUCCAGGGGAGAGGGUUGCCAAUGAAUCAUUCUGCUGGGCCGGGCCGACAGGAUGCUCUCCACCUACCCCACAUAGAAUCCUGAACUCUCCACUGGGGCAAGGGCAGCUGAGAUCAGGGUUCUCAACCAUUUUCUUUCUGAGCCCAGCCCCACCCCCCAACAUGCUAUAAAAACUCCACAGUCCAGCUGUGCCGCAACAACAUUUUCUGCAUAUAAAAGCCAGCGCUGGUGUUAGCAGGUAGCAAACAGGGCAAUUGCCCAGGUACCUGUGCCACAGGGGGCACUGCAAAGCUAAGUUGCUCAGGCUUCGGCUUCAGCCCUAGGUGGUGGGGCUCGGGACCCUGGGUUGCAGCCCUGUGUGGCAGGGCUUUGGUUUUCUGCCCCGGACCCUAGAAAUUCUAAUGCCAGCCAUGCUUGGCGGACCCCCUAAAAUCUGCUUGCAGCCUUCUGGUUAAGAACCACGGGCUUAGAUUGGUACAUCCUGAGCAACGGCCGGAUGUUUGUGGGGAAGUUUGUCUUUUGCAGAGCCUGAGGCAUCUCAAUCCUGGCCGCCUCCGCUGGCCUGGCGCAAGGCAUGAUCUGCAGUGUUUUUGUCACAGAUGAGGUCCCCAGGCAAGUGAGCCACUUGGCAGGAACUGGCCAGGACUGGGCCACUGUGUACAAACCACCACAAGCCAGUUCCUCCCCAGAAGCAUGUGUUGUUUCUAGUAAAGCUUUCGAACCUCAUGAGUGGAUCGGCAUCGCACCAUGUUCUGGACAGGCCUCCUCUGCGGCCAUUUCUCACAUGCGCCUGCUCCAGAGAAGAGCUGCCCCUGCUUCAGUUUGGGCAUUGUUCUUCCCUAUCACAAAUAAACUCUCUAGUUUUGAAGGGCUCCAGUUGUCUGGGUGUAAUGAAUGUUCUUUCUACUUUUAGAUGUAAGUAGUAAUAAAAGAGUG